AUGGCAGCCUUGGCAAUGUCAGAGUCCCAGUGCGGCAGUCUGGAGGAGAAAUUAUUGUUCACCACCGAGCUUAGAAUACAGCCCACAGAGAAUUCCUGGAUGGGCAUACUGAUGGAGCAUAGGGGCAAUAAGCACGAGAAUCUGAAAUGCUGCGUUGUCAUUAUCAACGAGCUCCACGUCCUGACCACUGCCACGUGUGUUAGGGGCUUCAAAAACCGAUCCGGAGACACUGGAGCCGUAGCAAUGUUGGGUGUCUUUGACAAGACCAUCUCACCAGAGGACGACCUCUCCUGCGACAAGAAGGGCUAUUGUGUGCCAGGUCCAGUGCUCUACGACGUGGUCGAGAUUAAGGUGCACCCAGAAUCGAACAGUGACACCGGCGACAACGACUUGGCCAUCCUGCGGCUGAAGGAGCCAAUCAAGUGGACCCAAUAUGUACAGCCGAUCUGCAUGCAGGGCAGCUCGGAGCCGGAAUCGCUGACCAACCGCUACCUGCACUACACCGGAUUCACCGAUUCAAACGAUUUCAGGAUAAAGGCUCUGGCCAUGACGAUCUCGCGGCAGAACUGCAAGUACCAGUCAUCAGCCGCUGUCCUGACACCUGAGAACCAGGUGUGCAGCUAUCCGGUGAGAAACGACAAGUUCUAUCCGGGUACGGCGUUAAUGGACAUAGAUGUGCAGCAGGAACAACCUCACAACUUCUACUUGGUUGCUUUGCUGGUCGGAAAGGUUCCAGUUCAUAUCUACCAAAAUGUGCGACCCGCCCGCAAAUGGAUAAUGGAGAAUUCAUCAACGAAGUAA